GUAUAAUUCGUUGGUGUAGUGAAGUAGAGAACAUCCUUGAUGAUGGCCGACUGAUGCUUCAACAGACUCGUGAACAGGACAUCACAUCACCUAUAACUGUGCUUCUGGAAGGUCCUGUUGCGUCAGGUAAAACAGCUCUGGCUGUGCAGAUGGCUCUUGGUUCUGACUUCCCAUUCAUCAAGUUGUGUACCCCAGAGAAUAUGAUUGGUUUUGUGGACAGCGCUAAAUGUCAGGCCAUUAAAAAGAUAUUUGAUGAUGCUGAUAAGUCUAAUCUCAGCUGUAUCAUAGUAGAUGACAUUGAAAGGCUACUAGACUACGUGAGCAUUGGACCUCGAUUCUCCAACACUGUUCUACAAGCACUUCUUGUGUUGCUAAAGAAAAAGCUCCGAAAGGGUAGAAGACUGAUCAUUAUUGGCACUACUAGCUGCCGAGAGAUAUUGGAACCAAUGGGCCUGAUAGAAGCAUUCAAUACUGUUAUCCAUGUACCUAACCUAACCAGUAAACAACAUGUACUGAAUGUCCUCAAGGAAACCAAGCUGUUUGAUGGCAAAGAAAUAGAAGAGAUUUCAAGAGACAUUGGAGAGAAAGGUCUUUACGUGGGUAUCAAGAAGAUAAUCAUGUUAGCUCAAAUGGCUUACCAGACUAAUAAACCCGAACGAGUAUGCAAGUUCCUGAGCCUCCUGCAAGCUGAACACUGCUUACGAGGAUAAGUCCAUUGAUGUCAAAGGCAAGAAAAGAUACCAGCCUACAAUAUCCAAGUCAAGACAAGAUAACGUAGAUUUUCUAGAGCAUGCUUACAGAAUUUAUCCGUUUAGUUUGCGUUCACUCUGCAUGAGGGGAGAUCAAUUUGAAUGAAAUACGUUGUUGCUUGUACAUCUGUAGAAAUUAUUAUACCAGAGUGUUGAAUUGGAAAAACAGUCCCAUAUAAUUUGUAUUUUUUUUUAUCGAGAUAGACAGAUAAAUCAUACCGCAAAUCAUACCGUAUUCUGAUUGGAUAUUUAAUGAUGUCGCGUGAUUUGAUUAGUUGGAUAGAUGCCACCUUUUCGCCUCUUCGUUUUUCGUCAUUUGAGAACAACUUUUUGCAUUCCUAACAAGUAACUCUGCAAUUAAUUCCUUAAUGAUAGUUUAAAAUGUUACUAUUGUAAUGAAAUUUAAUUAUAAUAUCUAUCAAAUAAAUGAAUAUUGAAUUCCUUAUCGA